UUUUUUUUGACAAAUAUCAAUAAAAUUGAUUAUGUUGUCUAAAGAAUAGGGAAAUUUACACUAUGGAUUCUUUCUAGUAUUUGCUUGUGUAUGUGUAUAUAUAGAGGUAUAUAGACCAAGAUAUAGAAUUAUAAGAGACACACUCAUUAAAAUAGGAUCAGUCUAAUAAGAAAGACAAUGUUGUUCUUAUCGAUCAUUUUAUCGUUAGGAUUUGUCUUCCUCUCUAUAAUUUUGAUUCAUUAUGUUUCAGUAUCUAAGCAAAAUGAAACAAAAGAUAAUAACUCAUCGCUAAGUGGUAGCAUGGGAUGGCCGUUUAUUGGAGAAACCAUUUCUUUCUUCAAACCUCAUAGAUCAGACUCCAUUGGCACAUUCUUGCAACAACGUGUUUCACGGUAUGGAAAAGUUUUCAUGUCAAAUCUAUGCGGUGGAAAAGCAAUAGUGUCAUGUGACCAAGAACUCAACAUGUUCAUACUUCAAAACGAAGGGAAGUUAUUUACAUCGGAUUAUCCAAAAGCGAUGCAUGACAUUCUCGGCGAAUAUUCCCUCUUACUAGCUACCGGAGAAAUUCACAGGAAACUAAAAAAUGUUAUCAUUAGCUUCAUCAAUCUCACAAAGUCGAAACCCGAGUUUCUUCUCUGCGCAGAGAACCUCUCUAUAUCGAUGCUAGAGUCAUGGAAAAAUUGCCGAGAAAUCGAAUUCCAUAAAGAAGUUAAAAUGUUUACUAUGAGUGUUAUGGUAAACCAACUAUUGAGCAUCAAACCAGAAGAUCCAGCAAGACGUUAUGUAUUACAAGAUUUUUUAACUUAUAUGAAAGGGUUUGUAUCGUUACCAGUACCGCUUCCAGGAACGGCCUAUACAAACGCAAUUAAGGCUAGGAAGAGAUUGUCCACGAGGGUUAUGGACAUGAUAAAACAAAGAGAACAAGAGAUGAAAAAAGGAUUAAGAGAAGAAGAUUUUCUAGAUGUGAUCAUGUCAAAUGAGGAUCUAAAUUAUGAAGAGAAAGUUAGUAUUGUAUUGGACAUUUUGCUUGGAGGCUUUGAAACGAGUGCCACUCUUCUUUCCUUGGUUGUCUAUUUUCUCGCAAAAUCACCAAAUGAUCUUCAAAAACUCAAGGAAGAACAUGAAUCAAUUAGAGCCAAGAAAGGAGAUGAAGAACUCUUGAACUGGGAAGAUUAUCAGAAGAUGGAAUUCACCCAACGUGUGAUGUCUGAAGCACUGCGAUGUGGAAAUAUCGUCAAGACGGUACAUCGAAAAACUACCCAUGAUAUUAAAUUCAAAGCAGAAUAUGUGAUUCCAAAGGGAUGGAAGGUGUUUCCUAUUUUCACAGCAGUACAUCUUGAUCCAUCUCUCCAUGAAAAUCCUUAUGAAUUUAAUCCCAUGAGAUGGACUGACAAGGGGAAGAUGAAUAAGAAAACGACGGCGUUUGGAGGAGGAGUACGGGUAUGUCCUGGUGGUGAACUUGGAAAACUCCAGAUAGCUUUCUUCCUUCAUCAUCUUGUCCUCUCUUAUAGGUGGAAAAUCAAGUCAGAUGAAAUGCCAAUAGCGCAUCCUUACGUAGAGUUCAAGAGAGGCAUGCUUUUGGAGAUCGACCCAACAACUUAAAUCCAUGAAGAUUAGCUGCGUUAAAAAUGAAUCCAUCUGAUAUUGAAAUUUAAAUUAACCUUCAGAAACUAAAAAUCUAGCGUUUUAAUUAUGUCGUAUUUUAAGUUGCUUCCGUAGCAAAAUCGUGUAUGAUAUUGAUAUAUUAGUUAGCUGUUCUUUUCAAUCUUGCUCUUUCUCUCAUGUAUAUUGUUUGAAUAAUGUUGGAGCUGACUCUAUUUUUAUGUUGGUAAUGUCGGUUUGAACAA